AUGUAUCAUAUUUUAAGAGUUAUAUUAUACAGAUUGUGGGUAGUCUCUACCCUGACGCUAUUUUCAAGUGUUAUUGUAUUUUGGUGUUAUGGAUUCCUUAUCGCUUUCGGUGUUUUCUCAUUUGGGAUUUCAGGUAUAUUGUAUAAUGCACAAGAUCUCUUGUUAUACUACCCAAACGAUCCCCCGGAUUCGAGAGUUUUCGUAUUACAGCCCAGCAACUAUAAGUUACCAUAUGAAAGUAUUAAGAUAAAAAAUAAAGAUGGCUUAAAAAUUCAUAUGUUUCUUAUAAAACAACCCAAUAACUGCAACCACAAACCAACAAUGAUAUUUUUCCAUGGAAAUGCUGGUAAUAUGGGACAACGUUUAUCAAAUGUGUCUGGUUUUUAUCAUAAAUUGGAUAUCAAUAUUUUAAUGGUUGAGUAUAGAGGUUAUGGCUUUUCUGAGGGUUCGCCGUCUGAGCAUGGCCUUUACAUUGAUGCCCAAUCAGCAAUUGAAUAUAUUCAGCAGAGAGGAGAUAUUGAUAGAAAUAAAAUUAUUGUUUUUGGUAGAUCUCUAGGUGGAGCCAUAGCUAUAGAUCUAGCGUCCAGGUUGGAAUAUAGAAACAAAAUUUGGGCUCUUAUUGUGGAAAACACUUUUACAAGCAUACCUGACAUGGCACACAUUAUUUUGAAAUGGAAAUGUUUAAAUUGGUUGCCACAGUUCUGUCAUAAAAAUAAAUAUAUGUCAUUGAAGAAAAUAGGUCAAGUGUUGACACCUACCUUAAUUAUUUGUGGAUCAAAUGAUACUUUGGUGCCACCAGGCAUGGCAAAAGAACUAUAUUUGCGAUGCGGAGCGGUAUGCAAAAAGAUUGCAGUUAUACCAGGUGGUGGACAUGACGAUACAUGGACUUGCCGAGAUUACUAUGCAGCUAUUCAACAAUUCUUGUUUAAUGUGCCUUCCCUUCCACAUGAAGUAACUCCGUUUUCUGAUGAAGUUAUGAAAAAUCCCUCCAUAGGUCACACUAUAGUCCAUACUGUA